CGUAGGUCUAUUAUUCUGCGCUAUUUCAGUUUUUGUCCAUUGAUAACUCCUCGACAGUCUGCGAUGGGGCUCCUGACACGAGUAGGAGACCUAGUACUUUUUGGAAACACAAUUUGCCCUGCUGAAGGGGGACUUGGCAGGUUUCUCGCCAUGUUGACCGAGGAGAACCCAGAUUUUCAGUCUUUGAUUCUAGAGCCGGCCUUUUCUAUGGGCAUAGACCUUCGUCGCAGAGUUCUCCAGUUUGUGGAAGAGCGCCUCCAGACAACCAUGCUGACGGGAAUCCUGAUCGGAGCCGUUGUUGCCCUUUCCCUUAUUGGGAUUGUAGUGUUUAUUGUCUACAGGAAAUUUCGACAGUCCAAACAGCAGCAGCCAGGGGGAACACGUUAUCGGUUCCGGAAAAGGGACAAAGUUAUGUUUUAUGGACGGAAGAUCAUGCGCAAGGUAACUACUCUGCCGAACACUCUGGUGGGUGGCAAUACCGUUUCAAGACCACGAGUGAGGAAGCGGGUGAAGGUCCUGACGCUGGCUAAAAGAAUACUUCGUUUUAAGAAGGAAUAUCCCACCUUACAGAAGAAAGAGCCUCCUCCUUCCCUUUUGGAAGCUGAUCUUACAGAAUUUGAUGUUAAAAAUUCUCAUUUGCCCUCGGAGGUGUUGUACAUGCUGAAGAACGUACGAGUCCUGGGUCAUUUUGAGAAACCUUUGUUCCUUGAACUCUGCAAACACAUGGUGUUCGUACAGCUUCAUGAAGGGGAGUACAUUUUCCGCCCAGGACAGUUGGAUAACAGUAUUUAUGUAGUCCAAGAUGGGAUUCUGGAAGUAUGCAUUCAGGAAAGUGAUGGGAAGGAGAUGGUGGUGAAAGAAGUUUUGGCCGGAGAGAGUGUACACAGUCUGCUCAGCAUCCUUGAUGUCAUCACCGGGCAUCCGGCUCCUUACAAGACCGUAUCAGCCAGGGCUGCCACAGCAUCCACCAUCCUGAGACUUCCUGCAAAUGCCUUCCAAGACGUGUUUGUCAAAUACCCGGAGACACUAGUGAGAGUGGUGCAGAUCAUCAUGGUCCGGCUGCAAAGAGUGACGUUUUUGGCUCUUCAUAAUUACCUUGGUUUGACUACAGAGCUGUUCAACUCGGAGAGCCAGGCCAUUCCUUUAUUGUCCGUAGCCAGCUUGACCUCAAGCACGGGAAACGCUAAGAGCGUCAGAAGACCGAUGAACAGUAUGUCUAUUGAAGAGGACCACCUGGAUCGGACUGAGAAGCCUGCUGAGUUCCAGCCAGAUCAGGAUCCAGGAAUUCUGGAUCCUAGCAACUUUACAGCAUCUGACGGUCCGAGCACAGGUCAUUGUAGAAGUUGCUCUACUUCCAGCCUUGGCGAAAUCCCAGGAAGCCCAAAAGCUGCCAAAUCUGACAUGGACAUGGCUUACGAGAGAGCACGUGUGAGCCUGACUCCUGACGACUUCCCUCCGAGCCCUGUCCUGAACAAGCCUAUCCUGAAGAAGUCGGUGACGGUGACAGAAACUCCAUCAGCCGUCUAUCAUUACACAGCAGAGGAUUUGUUGAUCCCGGAGUUCAGUGUUAACAGACAACUGAAUGCCAUGUUUGAGGCCGCAAAAAAAGACUUGUCUACUCUUAUAAAUCUUGAGGACCCAUCACUGUUGAACGGUCGGUUGACUCUCCACCAAGUCAAGGGCGGCACAGUCCUGUCCAGACAAGGGGACCAGGAUGUCAGUAUCCGGUUUGUCAUCUCUGGACUCCUCCAUGUUUACCAGAAGAAGAUUGACCGGGAGGAAGAGACCUGCCUGUUCAUCACCCAUCCAGGGGAGCUGGUUGGGCAGCUGGCUGUUUUGACGGGAGAUCCCCUCAUCUUUACCAUUAAAGCCAACCGUGAUUGCACUUUCCUGUCCAUUUCCAAGUGCCAUUUCUAUGAGAUAAUGAGGGAGCAGCCCAGCGUGGUUUUGGGGGUCGCUCAUACAGUUGUGAAGAGGAUGUCGCCAUUUGUGAGACAGAUAGAUUUUGCUUUGGACUGGAUGGAAGUAGAGGCUGGACGUGCCGUCUACAGACAAGGUGAUAAAUCUGACUGCACUUACAUUGUUCUCAAUGGACGCCUCCGAUCUGUUAUUAUGAAGGAUGAUGGAAAGAAGCAGUUAGCUGGGGAAUACGGUCGAGGAGAUCUGAUUGGAGUGGUGGAAGCCUUAACGCACCAACCCAGAGCCACAACAGUCCAUGCCGUAAGGGACUCCGAGCUUGCUAAACUACCCGAGGGGGCACUGACAUCCAUCAAACGCAAGUUCCCGCAGGUGGUGACCCGACUUAUCCAUCUACUUGGAGAGAAGAUCCUUGGCAGCUUGCAGCAGGUCAAUGGGCCCCUUACAGGUCACGGCUUCGGCCUUCACACCGCCGGCAGCAAAUGGGAUUCCGGGAAUCCAUCCAGUAACCUCUCCACAGUAGCCAUAUUGCCAGUAUCUGAGGACGUUCCUCUUACAGCCUUCACCCUGGAGCUGAAACACGCGCUUUGCGCUGUAGGCCCCACUUUGCUGCUCACCAGUGACAAUAUCAAGCAGCGUCUGGGAUCGGCCGCUCUCGACAGCGUCCAUGAGUACAGACUUUCUAGCUGGCUUGGCCAACAAGAAGACAUCCACCGAAUUGUCCUGUAUCAGUCUGACUAUUAUCUCACGCCUUGGACGCAGCGCUGCAUUCGACAAGCUGACUGCAUCCUCAUCGUGGGGCUGGGAGAGCAGGAGCCUACUGUUGGAGAGCUUGAAAAAAUGUUGGAGAACACAGCAGUCCGGGCGCAGAAACAGCUCAUCCUUCUCCAUAAAGAGGAUGGGCCCCCGCCAUCCCGCACGGUCGACUGGUUGAAUAUGAGGAGCUGGUGCUCCGGUCAUCUACACCUGCGCUGCCCUCACAGAGUUUUCUCCAAGAGGAGUCUGCCAAAACUGAUUGAGAUGUACGAGCGCGUGUAUCAGAAGCCACCAGACCGUCACUGUGAUUUCUCCCGCCUGGCCCGUGUACUUACAGGGAACACCAUCGCACUAGUACUAGGAGGAGGAGGCGCCAGGGGCUGCUCACAAGUGGGAAUCAUCAAAGCUCUGACCGAGGCCGGGAUUCCCAUCGACAUGAUCGGAGGGACCUCCAUUGGGUCCUUUAUGGGGGCGCUGUACGCAGAGGAGCAUAGCUUCAACCGCACGAAGAUCAGAGCUCGGGAGUGGUGCAUGGACAUGACCUCUGUUUUUAAGAAGGUUCUGGACCUUACCUACCCCAUCACCUCCAUGUUCUCCGGGGCGGCCUUCAAUAACAGCAUCAGCUGCAUAUUCAAGGACAAGCAGAUAGAGGAUCUCUGGAUUCCAUAUUUCAACAUCACAACUGACAUCACUGCCUCCGCCAUGAGGGUGCACACAGACGGCUGCCUGUGGAGAUACGUCCGUGCCAGCAUGUCUCUCUCCGGGUACAUGCCGCCUCUCUGUGACCCCAAGGAUGGACAUUUGUUAAUGGAUGGAGGUUACAUCAACAAUCUGCCAGCCGACGUUGCCCGCUCCAUGGGCGCCAAAGUGGUGAUAGCCAUCGAUGUGGGCAGCAGAGACGAGACUGAUCUGACAAACUACGGCGAUUCUCUGUCCGGUUGGUGGUUGCUGUGGAAAAGAUGGAAUCCAAUAGCGGAGAGAGUCAAGGUGUUGAACAUGGCAGAGAUUCAGACACGCUUGGCCUACGUGUGCUGCGUGCGUCAGCUCGAGAUGGUGAUGAACAGCGAAUACUGCGAGUACAUCCGACCCCCCAUCGACAGAUAUGGAACACUAGAAUUCGGCAAGUUUGACGAGAUCUGUGAUGUCGGAUACCAGCAUGGAAACACAGUAUUUAACGUGUGGGGCCGCAGCGGGGUCAUCGAAAAGAUGUUGAAGGAUCGUCAAGACACCUGUAAAUCCAAAACUUCAGACCUGAACACUUGCCCAAGCGCCUCUUUUACAGAUCUUGCAGAAAUAGUGUCCAGGAUUGAACCUGUCAAAACGGCUGCGGUGGACGAUGAAUCCGAUUAUCAGACAGAAUAUGAAGAGGAAGAACUACCAGACCCUAAAAAUGAAGAUUAUCUCAACUUCCUGAGUGCCCAAAACAAUGAAGCGGUUUCUGAUAGCGAUGAGGAGGCGGACAUGGCAGUACGACAGCGGUCAGUCAGACGGCAUGCAGGAGCCAAGACGUCAGAAAACAGUUGAGAUGAUCCGUCUGUAUUCUCAACCCUUGGGGUUCCUCUGCUUUGUACGGUUCUAGCGGUAGUAGUUCUUAUGGUCCCCGUAUUCCUCUCUGGCUUGUGGGGACUGACGGAGCCAAUAUUCGAUGCAAUACAAUUCAUAGCGAGUGACGGUCACAAGAUCUCUUCACCUGCGAGACAGUCUGUAGAUUGUAGCUGCACCUUCUCUAUCCCAGGGAACAGCGGUCUCCAUGUGUGAUGGGGUCGGGGUCAUUAUUGGGCGUUUGCUUCUAUACAGCAGAAGAGCACUCUCAUCUGGUAGGGUCUCCCAGGCCCCUGACCAAUCCAAAAAUUCACCUUGAAAGGGACUAAAGCAAAGCAACUUAUCUUAGUAUAGAUUUUAGUUUAUUUGUGGGAGAUGAAAUAUAUGCAAGUCGUGCAGAGCUGAAGUAGUUAUUUUGUUAUGUAUCAGUAACCGCCUAUGUCUAAGUGCCUAGAUUGUCAGCUCCAGGGACAAGGUUUCAUUUUAUUACGUUGGUUGAGUAAACGUGUGGCCAUAGGUAAUAGAUGUAUAUACUGCUGAGCAUAGAUCCGUGCUUUACCAGGAGUCUGCUGAGACCACGGAGGGGUUUCCUUUAGGGGAGAGGUCGGCCCCGGGGCUCUGCCUCUUACACUCCCUGAUUUGCACAUGUAAACCUAAUAUUUAUUGCAGCUGUCAGUAACGACUGGACGACCUUACUACAUGUAGGUGCCUGCAUUUUCCACACUUAUCUUUAAGGGGUUCUUUGGUUUCUGAGGCUGGUCGGCCAUAUCUGUUACCCAGCGCUACCCACCCUACGUACAUGCAUGACCGCAUUCCUAACACCCAUCAGGCUGCAUUGCACCAAUGAUGAGCAAUUCUUACUCCACAACCGAUUCUGAUGCUUUGCACCUCGCUAUAGAUAGAGCAGCACUAAUAAAUGGCUUGACGUGAGAGAUCCCCUUUAUGGAAAUACAUAAAAUAUGCUUGUGUUGAUAUUCUGCAUAUGGGAAGGAUGCGGCCACGGCGUAUGAACACGUCUCCUGUGCCGUCCUCGCUGGGCUACCAGCGCUCUUCACACCGGUUUGAUUGCCAAAUUCCGACACAUCACUUAAAGCCAAAGAUGAGCCCUGCCUGUCCAGGAGGAGGGGGUCGUGCCCUCGGUGCAGGGUAUUUUGGGGUGAAAUGGCAGUGACUUAUGUGAAAAAAUGUGUCACCCGUGUACCGAGAUCUUUUGUAUAAUAAAGGCCUUUAAAGAUUG